AUGGGACUCAAAGUGGCGCCCCAGAAAACUGAGGCCAUCUUUCUACACGAUGGCUCUCAUGGGGCGCCACCACGAGCCCACAUCAGUGUGGAGGACACCUCGAUAGAGGUGGGGGCCUGUCUAAAGUACCUGGGCCUCCACCUCGACAGUAAGUGGACCUUUCGGGAGCACUUCCGCCGUAUAUCCCCCAAGGUGGAGAAGACAGCAAUGGCGCUGCAGCGCCUGCUGCCCAACCUUGGGAGGCCUGGCGGGAGUGUCCGAAAAUUGUACGCCGGAACCAUCCAUGCCAUGCUCCUGUACGGAGCCCCGGUAUGGGUAAAAUGCCUGGAGGCCACCCGCGGCCCAAGAGAUGCCAUGAGGCAGCUGCAGAGGCGGGCGGCCAAUAGGAUAUGCCGGGGCUACCGUACAGUGAGCUGGGUAGCCGUGGGGGUACUCUCCGGAGUGCCUUCCGUGGAGAUGCUCGCCCGCAUGUACGCAGAUGUGUACACGCGUACACGCGAAUAUCAGCGGGCGGGGGUCACAGUAACGGAUGGUCUCCGGCGGGCAAUGAGGGUCCACUCCCGACGGGCGCUGAUCCAGAAAUGGAGGGACAGCCUCGCUGAUCCGAAGCUGCCAGGACAGCGCACCGUUGGGGCUAUACGGCCCUGUCUGGAAAAUUGGCUAGACAGGGCCAAAGGAGAGGUGUCCUUUCACACGACGCAGGUGCUCACCGGACAUGGUUGUUUCGGUGAGUACCUGCACAGGAUUGGGAAGGAGCGCACAACGCGGUGCCAUCACUGCGGCCACGAGCGUGAUACCGCCUAG